AUGGGUUCAGUGACUUUGCUAAUAACACCAAAGUAUCGGACAUGUCGCAAGAACCUAAUGCUGUGACUUUUCAGAGCUUGAGUGAUGUGUUUGCAAUGAAGGGAAAAUGUUCAUCUGGCAGUAAUUUUCCAAUCUUAGCAAGUCAACUGUCUUCAGCUGCAAAUGGUAGAGAAAGUCAUAAUCCUACAUUACAUGAUGAACAUAGUACCCCAUCAGAGAACAGCUUUGAUAUUUCUGAAUCCAGUAAAAGGUUUCUAGACUUGGAAGAGCAAACUUGGAAUCCAAAGUCUGUAUUAAACAUUCGUUAUAUAUCAUCAAAAGACGAGCCUUUAAUGCCAAACACGAUAUGCAUUACAUCUCCAACAGAAGUAGAAUCCAGCAGUGCAUUAAUAAGGGAAGUUAGAUCAAAGAGUGGAUCACCAACAGACGUUAGAUCAAGGAGUGCAUUGCGAACAGAAAUUAGAUCCAGGAGUGCAUCUCCAACAGAAGUUGGAUCCAGGAGUGCAUCACCAACAGAAGUUAGAUCAAGGAGCGCAUCACCAACAGAAGUUAGAUCCAUGAUUGCAUCACCAACAGAAGUUAGAUCCAGGACUGCAUCACCAACAGAAGUUAGAUCCAGGAGUGCAUCACCAACAGAAGUUAGAUCCAGGAGUGCAUCACCAACAGAAGUUAGAUCCAGGAGCGCAUCACCAACAGAAGUUAGAUCCAGGAGCGCAUCACCAACAGAAGUUAGAUCAAGGAUUGCAUCACCAACAGAAGUUAGAUCCAGGAGUGCAUCACCAACAGAAGUUAGAUCCAGGAGUGCAUCACCAACAGAAGUUAGAUCCAGGAGUGCAUCACCAACAGAAGUUAGAUCCAGGAGCGCAUCACCAACAGAAGUUAGAUCCAGGAGCGCAUCACCAACAGAAGUUAGAUCCAGGAGUGCAUCACCAACAGAAGUUAGAUCCAGAAGCACAUCACCAACAGAAGUUAGAUCCAGGAGUGCAUCACCAACAGAAGUUAGAUCCAGGAGUGCAUCACCAACAGAAGUUAGAUCCAGGAGCACAUCACCAACAGAAGUUAGAUCAAGGAGCGCAUCACCAACAGAAGUUAGAUUAAGGAGUGCAUCACCUUCAGUUUUCACUAUGUUCAGAUACUCCCUCGCACCUCACAUCCUAUCCUUAUUUAGGAAACAUAACAAGUCACAUAACAAGUCACCCUGA